UUCCUUGCUGCUGUCCCCCCUUUUCUUCUCCCCGUCUGCUACAAAACCGCGCUCCAUGCCUCCUUCCCCUGCUCCAAACCAGAGCUCCUCUGUUCCGUGCCGACUCCUCUCUACCUCCCAGCCAUAAGGAAAGAAACGAAGAAAAACAACGUUGGGUGGCCAUGUCGUCGGCAACCGGGCCGGUGGUGGACGCGGAGUACGUGGCCGAGAUCGAGAGGGCGCGCCGGGACCUCCGCGCGCUCAUCGCCAGCAAGAGCUGCGCCCCCAUCAUGCUCCGUCUCGCAUGGCACGACGCAGGCACCUACGACAAGAACACCAACACGGGAGGCCCCGACGGCUCCAUCAGGUUCCCGGAGGAGCUCCGCCACGCCGCCAAUGCAGGGCUCAAGAUCGCCGUCGACCUUCUUGAGCCGAUUAAGCAGAAGCACCCCAAGAUCACGUACGCGGACCUGUACCAGCUCGCCGGGGUCGUGGCCGUCGAGGUCACCGGUGGACCAACCAUAGAUUUCGUUCCUGGCAGGAGGGAUUCUUCAGUUGCCAUUGAGGAAGGACGCUUGCCAGAUGCUAAGCAAGGUGCUUCACACCUUAGGGAAGUCUUCUACCGAAUGGGCUUGACCGACAAGGACAUAGUAGCACUCUCCGGUGGCCAUACUCUGGGGAAAGCUCGCCCGGACAGAUCGGGAUUCGACGGUGCUUGGACAAAAGAUCCUCUCAAGUUUGACAACUCCUACUUCGUUGAGCUUCUGAAAGGGGACUCCAAUGGGCUGCUGAAGCUGCCUACAGACAAGGUUCUCGUGGAAGAUACUGAUUUUCGUCGCUUCGUCGAAUUGUACGCAAAGGAUGAGGACGCGUUCUUCAAGGACUACGCCGAGUCGCACAAGAAGCUUUCCGAGCUCGGGUUCACGCCUUCUCGCGCUACUCUACUGGCGUGGGGGUGCAGAGACAAAGCCAAGAGGGCUGUCACGAGAACUACUGCUGUCUUCGCGGUUGCGGUUGCCGUCAUCGCUUGUGCUUACAUUUGUGAAUCCAAGAGGAGGCUCAGUGGUUAACUUGCAAGUCUCCAUGUGCAUAUAACUGCAAAUCUAGUGAUGGGCUCUGAAGAACAAAGUUAAAUCGUACAUUGAGAUGUUGUGCAGUCAUUGAUACAACGAUGAGAAUGUGUGCUACUAUAUCAUCUAUGUAACAUUGUCAAGUUGUAUAGACGGUGAAAUAAGGAAAAUUACAGUGGUUGUCGAUCGUGCAA